GUGCUCUAUCCACUCCAAAUUUCACUAAUGAGAUAUAAUGAAAUUAGAAUAGAUAAAGGAUAAGUGUAAUAUUUUGGUAUAUAAAUCUAUUUCUAAAGGUACUAGAGUGAUUCCAAAAUGAAGCUUCUAGUGAUUACAUUGGCGAUAUACCUUUUAGCUGGACACGCGUCCAGCGUCGACCCGUCCCCCACCAUCGUCCCCCGCCCCGGGGGCAAGAGCGGCGACGGCGUCACCACCAGGUACUGGGACUGCUGCAAGCCCUCCUGCGCAUGGGCCGACCACACCACCUACACCAAGGGCGGCCACCCCGCCGCCUCCUGUCUGGCGGACGGCAACACUGUCGCCGAUCCCAACAUCCACUCGGGCUGCCGGGAGAACGGAGACGCUUAUCUGUGCAACAAUCAGCAGCCGAUUUUUGUCAAUUCUAGCUUGUACUAUGGGUUCGCUGCUGCUUCUUUCACUGGUGGGGAGGAUUACUCGUGGUGCUGCACGUGCAUGCUGCUCUCCUUCAAAGGCCAACUGGCCGGCAAGCAGUUCCUCGUCCAGGUGGUGAACACCGGCAGCCCGCUGGCUGUCAACCAGUUCGACCUGCAGAUCCCAGGCGGCGGGGUCGGCCUGUACGCCGACGGAUGCGCCAAGCAGUGGGACGCCGACCCGAACACCGGGUGGGGCGACAGAGUGAUGGGGGUGAGCUCUAUCGAGGGCUGCGAGGAGCUGCCGCAGGAGCUGCAGCCCGGCUGCCGGUUCCGGUUCGAGUUUCUCGAGGGGGUGGACAAUCCGCCUGUUACUUUCUAUCAGGUCGAGUGUCCGGCUGAAAUAGUCGCGCUGACAGGAUGCGAGUAUUGAUACUGUAGUUUAUAAAGAUUAUAUCUAAUAGAGAUGGUAAUUUGUGUUUUUUUUA